GUAUAUCACUACGCACGUUGCAUAAUGUGGAGCAGUUUGAGAACUCAGGAUAUCAACUUUUCGGCUUGAUCACCGUCAACAAGAACAUACAAAAGUUGUUCAAUAUCGAGGGGGACAUCAUGUGGUGGAACUUUUAUCUUUCCUGGUGGACACUCCAAGGGACUGAAAUUAAUUGAAAGCAGCGGAACGGAAAAUGAGAUGUGCAAGGAUAAUUCUUCUCUUGGCUGUUUUGUCGGCACAUUCGAGCGAGGGCUACAGAAUUUUAUGCAUCUUCCCUUUCGCUGGACCAAGCCACUUCAGGAUGUUCGAGGCGUUGUGCAAAGGCUUAGCACGGAAAGGACACCGCGUAGAUAUGAUCAGCCAUUUCCCGUCGAAAUUACCGAUCGCCAAUUACGUGGACAUCGUCGAUUUGAGUGGGGCCAGGCAGAAUAUCGCUGACAGCUUCUCUGUGGAAUACGGAAAGUCGUUGCAGAGAUCGAUGACUUAUUACAUCGCGACAAAGUUCGGUGGUGACUUGUGCGAUCUAAUGGGCCAAGAAAAUAUGCGGGAUUUCAUCGAUAACCCGCCGAAAGAUCCACCCUACCAUCUGGUCAUCACGGAGUAUCUUGGUGCGUCGUGCUACUUGGGUUUCGGUCAUCUACUGAAGGCGCCAGUGGCGGUAGUCACGUCUUUCCUGCAGGCGCAACCUAUCAACGAUUUCACGGGCAACCCGCACAGCCAUGCUUUCUUUUCGGGCGCAUACAACGAGGAUCCAACGGUGGUCAGUUUCAUCGACCGGAUUCGGAAUCUGCUGUCGAAUUUCUGGGGGACGCAGAUGUUUUACCAUUACACAUCCGAUCAAACCGCGGUAAUGAGAAAGUAUUUGGGUCGUGAUACGCCCGACAUUCGGGAACUGGAGCGCGCUGUCGCUCUGGUUCUUACGAACGACCACUAUACCAUCACUGGUGCCAGGCCAAUUACACCCGUCAUUGUGAACGUGGGAGGACUGCACGUCGAAUUCGACGAUUCGAAGUUGACCACGGAACUUGAGGCAUGGAUGGACUCCGCGGAUCAUGGAGUGAUAUAUUUCACAUUUGGUUCCUUGACAAGAAUCGAAACGUUACCCGAAAGCACGUUACAGGAGCUUUACGCGACUUUCGAAAAAAUAUCGCCUGUCAAAGUGUUAAUGAAAUGCGUUAACAUUACGAAAUUACCUGAUGGUCUUCCCGGAAAUGUAUUUACCAAACCUUGGAUGCCACAGAUACCGGUGUUAAAACACAAAAACACGCGAGCGUUCAUCACGCACGGAGGUCUCAUGGGAGUCCAAGAAGCUGUGUAUUACGGAGUUCCGAUGAUAGGGAUUCCAAUAUUCGCGGAUCAAAUGAAGAACAUUAACAUCUUUGUCCAAAAGAACAUGGCGAUUCGUAUAAACCUAGACGAUCUCACCGAACAGUCCAUGGAUUCUGCUUUGAACGCUAUCUUGCACGAUUCAAAAUAUAAAGAAUCCGCUAGAAGACAAUCAGAACUGUUUCGUGAUCGACCGAUGAGCGCGAUGGACACAGCUACUUAUUGGAUCGAGUACGUGAUCAGAAAUGGACCAGACUCAUUAAGGUCGUCGGCGGUGGACAUGGUCUGGUGGAAACGAAAUCUGCUCGAUGUUUUCUCUUUCUUAACGAUUUCCUUGGUCCUGGUCACUUUCGUGUUAAUCAAAGUAUUCAUCGUGUUUGUAACGAAAAUCUGUGAAAGUAGUAUUCGAAUCGAAAAGAAAAUCAACUAAACGAAGACGAAUUGAACGCGACUAGAAAGAAAGUACUGAAACAAUUUAGCCGAUAUGGUAAUGGCGGGGUGUUGAUUUAAGGGCAAAUUUUCACGGGAGAAUGUCUUGAAUAAUAACGAUGCUUCGAUGAAAAUGGAAUCUUGCAGAUCUGGAAAGUGUUGCGAGCCUCGGGUCUCUUUGAACGAGAAACUAUUUCACUUUUCCUUGAACGAACGAUUUCACUCUUUCCAACAGUCCUGUUAAAACUAAAGGAAAAGUUUCAUUAUUUGUUUCGUAGUAAUUACAGGCGUCACUCUGUGCGAUACGGACGGUUAAAUACUGUUAAUUUUAAAAUGAAUUUGUAGAAUCUUUGAAUUAUAAUUUUGGAAUGAUUCCUUUGAAGUCAGCAAAGAACUGAUUGUUCUACGUGUAAGAUAAGUUAUUCGAUCAGUUAUUACACGUUUAUGCAUUCAUUAUAAGAGGAUAGUUUAGUUUGAAGUUAAUAAAACUAAUGACAGCAGAAAUGUCAAUUUGAUUGUCUUCUAUCUUUGUAGAUUAAUUUACAAAUACAGAUUAUUUUGCUUCCUUUUCUCAUAACUGAAAGAAAUAAGGAUUUGUUUGAUGCGAUAAGAGUUUUCCGGGAUAAAGGGUUUUUUUUCUUAUUGAAAUAAAAUUCAAAUUAACUGAAGUAUCGGAGCAGAAUGAAAAAGAUUUUAGAACGAAACAAAAGCGUCCUAAAAUGAAGUAUAACUGAUCUGAAUCGUCGAUGAAACAGUUUUAAUUGGAAAUAAAAGAGGGGAAGGUUGAAAAGUGAUGCCUGUAUACACGACGUGCAAAACUCGCGUCGAAAUACUGUGAAAUCAAAUUGAAAUUUGUUCAAAUUCACAAUUUUUAAUUAGUUGAAAUGAAUAUAUCAAAAUUAUUUCAAUUAAGGCCGUUUCAUCGACGAUCCAGAUCAGUUAUACGUAUUAUGUAUAUGUCCAAGCCACAAUUUUACGUAAUUUCAACGAUUUAUUAUCCAUAAGAUAUUGUUCUAUACAAUACUUUAAUGGAAAAUCACUGACUUCGAGAAUUUUAUUUUCAUUAAUUGUGACACUUUUGUUUUCAACUCUAUUAUCAGUUAUAAGGCAAUGAUUAUAUUACUUAUAUUACAUCUUUAGUAAUGUAUUACACAAAGACCGUAAUAAAAUAUUUGUUCAAUAGCAACUCGCAAUAGAUAACAAGCAUUUCAAUGAUUACACAGAUAAAUGGUAUUCAUUUAAUGACUUCGCUAUAAAUUAUAUUUCACAAUACAGAUAAUGAUGUAUGAAACAUAGGUAUGAUAUGGAUACCGUGUGUAAGCACAAUGACGAAGGGACAUUUGUUGGACAUUGUGCAAUAUAAACGGAAGACAAAAAUGAUUGAUACUCUAAAAAGUAUUCUUAUGUCACAUUGUAGAUAUAAAACGUUAGUAUUUCAUUAUUACUAUCGGUAUGAUCUACGACACGGUAAACACUUUGAUUGAUACCAUAAGAGAAGACUAGUAUGAUGUUUAUUUUACAUCAUAUUCCCUGAAAUGUUUAUUUUAACAUUCAUUAUAUUUAAUCUUUCUUUAAAUUAGUCCUUUCAAAUAGAAAUAUAAUUAUAAUAUUUAAAAUUCAAAGUAUUGAAAAUGAAACUAUUUAUAUCUUAAUAGAUCUUACUAAUCCUAUACUAAGUCAAAUUAUUUUCAGUCGUUUUACAUAUUUAAGAACUUAUUUCGUAAAUAUUCCAUUACAGUUCAAUUCAAUUUAUGAUGGUUCUUAGUGUUUUAAGUACUGAAAGGAAAUAGAUAUUAAGCAUUAUUUUUUAUAAAUGCAUUAUU